CUCCCGUUAUUCCACGUAUAAUCCCUCUCUGAUUUAUCACAUACCACCACACCAAACCAUAAACAACCGUCACACCAGUUUCCUUUCCGGUCCCAAAACCGGAAAAUGGCGACGGCGACGCUAAUAUCCACAGUCAACACCAAUUUCCGGCGGCCUACAACUUUCCACCUGAAAACUCCACCGUUGUUCAGAAGACAAGAAGAAGUGGUCUCUUUCAAUUCUAAACCAUUGGAGCUCCAGAAAAGAAUUUCAACAAAAAACGCAUCUGUUUGCUCCGCCUCUCGCCGGAGCACCACCACCACUGACGCGUCAGUUUCGGAAUUGGAUGAUAAUACUCGCAGGGUUCUACAAUGUGCAUUGUGGACAGCUGAGGGAGUGUAUAUAAUUUGGCUUUUCUUGCUUCCCUAUGCACCUGGAGAUCCAGUUUGGGCUAUUAGUUCAGAUACUAUCAACUCCCUUAUUGGCCUUUCUCUUAAUUUCUUCUUCAUUCUACCACUUAUGAAUUCAGUGGGAAUUAAUCUAAUCGAUGCUCCCGUGCUUCACCCCAUGUCCGAAGGAUUGUUUAACUUUGUUAUCGGGUGGACGUUUAUGUUCGCCCCUUUAUUAUUCACCGAUCGCAAUCGAGACAGAUAUAAGGGAUCACUUGAUGUCUUGUGGGGCUUUCAGAUGUUCCUUACCAACACAUUCUUAAUACCUUACAUGGCUAUUCGGUUAAAUAAGCCCGACACCGAGAACACUCCAAAAAAAGCUUCCCAACUCAGGUCGGUUAUGGUCAACGGUGCACCUGUGGUUGGAGUCGUUGGUGGGGCCGCUUGUCUUAUAUCGAUAUUGUGGGCCCUGUAUGGGAGGGCAGACGGGAAUUUCGGGGGUGUGGCGGAUAGAUGGGAGUUCUUGGUAAGUUAUCUUGGAUCGGAAAGGCUUGCGUAUGCCUUCAUAUGGGAUAUAUGUCUCUACAUAGUUUUUCAGCCAUGGUUGAUUGGAGAAAAUCUUCAAAAUGUCGAGAAAAGUAAGGUAAAUUUAGUGAAGUACGUAAGAUUUGUACCGGUUUUGGGGUUAGUUGCUUAUAUUCUUUGUUUGGAUGUUGAUGAAGAUGUGUAACUGGAGUUCAUGAUUAACAAGAUGUUUGUAAACUUCACUUCAUUUUGUUAUGUAGUUUGCGAUGUUGUGCAGCAUUGAUUUUCAACGGUUAUUGAAUAUCCAUGUAUCGUUUGUGUUCAUCAUGUUAUAUACACAUAUUUAUUUGAA